GGCAGGAAAGUGAAACGAGUGGAAUCAGAAAUUAUAAAUAUUGAAAAGUAGAUAUUGGAUACAAUUCUUUUAGACAUCUACUAGAAACAGUUAAAGAAAAAUCUAUGAUUAUGGUUUUAAUCCACGUUUUUCAAGCCUAUAAGCCUUAGCGCAAGAUAUGUUUAACUUAACUUUUUAUUUAUAAAUGCAGUAAAAUUGAGAAACGAAAAAUGUGAACGAAGUACGAAUAAAAGUAUAAUUUUCAAAAUGCCAUAACUAAACGUGGGCAGUUCGAUCUUCAAAAGGAAUAAUUUGGAUUUUGGAUCAAAUAAUACAACUAGAAAAAAGUGAAAGCACACGCAAUAAUGUUCAACAAUAAACGGAAUAGAGUAAGGAAUAUCAAACAAAAACGCAGAUAAAAACAGAUGCGGAAUCAGAACAAUAGCUACCAAUGAGAAUAUUUGAAUAUCCAUGCACUUUGGUGUCAUCUUCCACUUUAUAUGGUUAUCAAGUACUACGUAAUACCGAUUAUUGUUAAGAAACAUUCGUCAUUAGGACUCGUCGAUCAAUGUUUUUUUCCAUGCCUGAUCGUAUCCAUAUUUAUAUUUGAGCGGUACCUUUAGACUGCUUCGCAAAGCUUUCACAAACGAUUGCCUAAAUAAAUAUUUUCAGUUUUAUCUUGUGCAAACACAGUUUCUAAUUCACACAAAAUAGUAUACAUUUCAUUUUGCCUCGACUAAAAAUGUCAGCAAAUAAAACGAACUCAAAAUUAGAUAAAAAAAUCGAGGAACUAUUGCAAGAUAAUACUUUAUUAAUCAAUGAUUAUUGUAGCAAAUUAGCUGCGGAAAAAUUAGCAAAACACCUAACAAUGUCUACAUGCAAAUUUUCAACUAAUCAAGACUGCGCUAACAAAUCCUCAGGAUUAGAAGACAAACACAACUUGUCUGAAAUAAAAUACAAAGUUGGAGAUUAUGCAAGGGCCACAUAUGAUGUUGAUGGUAAAGAUUACGAAGCAAAAAUAUUGUCAAUUGAUUCACAGGCUGGCACUUGCAUUCUUAAGUACAUUGGUUAUAACAAUCAACAAGAAGUAAAUAUAUGUGAUCUCGUUCCAUCAUGGGGUAAAAAAAUUCGCCAUCUUCAAUAUACAAAAUCCAAGUCUGAUGAAGCAUCGAAUCAUUUUCCAAAAGGCAAUUCAGUGAAAAAAAAUUCAAAGAAGGAUGGCGAGAAGAAAAAUGGAGUCACUAUGCCUCCUCCGCCUCCAAUUCCUCCAAUGUUUGUUACGGGUAAGAAAAAUGUUAUCCCCGAACAUCUGUCGGCGAUGCUUGCGUCUUGGUACAUGAGCGGGUAUUACACAGGUCUAUAUCAGGGCAUACAAGUGGUGAAAAAAAAAAAACAAUAA